GCAGAGCAGCCCUUUCACACACCUCCUGGAACACCUCUCGGCUGCCUGGAGCCCUGCCCCACUCUGCUCCCUCACUGCAGGGCUUGUAGAGGUCCCAGACAUGAACCAGCCCAGGCCUCGAUACGUCAUAGACCGAGCUGCAUAUUCUCUCGCUCUUUUCGAUGAGGAAUUUGAGAAGAAGGACAGAACUUACCCAGUGGGCAAAAAGCUUCGUGAUGCUUUCAGAUGUUCCUCUGUCAAGAUAAAAACUGUGGUAUUUGGGCUUCUCCCUGUUCUAUCCUGGCUCCCCAAAUACAAGAUUAAAGACUACAUCGUGCCUGAUCUCCUUGGGGGAUUGAGUGGGGGGUCCAUCCAGGUCCCACAAGGCAUGGCUUUUGCACUGUUGGCCAACCUUCCUGCAGUCAAUGGGCUCUACUCAUCUUUCUUCCCUCUCCUGACCUACUUCUUCCUGGGAGGCGUUCAUCAGAUGGUGCCAGGUACCUUUGCUGUUAUCAGCGUCCUGGUGGGUAACAUCUGUCUGCAGCUGGCUCCAGAGUCCAAAUUCCAGGUCUUUAACAAUGUCACCAACACAAGCUACGUGGACAUAGCAGCAAUGGAAGAGGAGAGACUCCACGUGUCAGCAACGUUGGCUUGUCUAACAGCUAUUAUCCAGAUGGGCUUAGGGUUUGUGCAAUUUGGUUUUGUGGCCAUCUACCUGUCCGAGUCCUUCAUCAGAGGCUUCAUGACUGCUGCUGGGUUGCAGAUCCUGAUCUCUGUACUCAAGUACAUCUUUGGGCUGACCAUCCCCUCCUACACUGGACCUGGGGCCAUUGUCUUGACUUUCAUUGACAUCUGCAAAAACCUGGGCCAUACAAAUAUCGCCUCACUUGUCUUUGCCCUGAUAAGUGCUGUCUUUCUGGUGCUGGUGAAAGAACUUAAUGUCCGCUAUAUGCACAAGAUUCGUGUUCCCAUCCCCACAGAGCUGAUUGUGGUGGUGGUGGCAACGGCUAUCUCUGGGGGUUGUAAGAUGCCCAAGAAGUACCAUAUGCAGAUUGUGGGAGAGAUCCAACAGGGAUUCCCCACCCCAGUAUCCCCCAUGGUCUUUCAGUGGAAGGACAUGAUUGGCACAGCCUUCUCCCUGGCUAUCGUGGGUUAUGUCAUCAACCUGGCCGUUGGCAGGACCCUGGGAACCAAACAUGGCUAUGAUGUGGAUUCUAACCAGGAAAUGAUCGCUUUGGGCUGCAGCAACUUUUUCGGCUCCUUCUUUAAAAUCCAUGUCAUUUGCUGUGCUCUCUCGGUCACCCUGGCUGUGGACGGAGCAGGGGGCAAAUCUCAGGUCUCAAGUCUGUGUGUGUCUCUAGUGGUGAUGAUCACCAUGCUGGUUUUGGGGGUCUAUCUGUACCCCUUGCCCAAGUCUGUGCUAGGUGCCCUAAUUGCUGUCAAUCUCAAGAACUCUCUUAAGCAGCUCACCGAUCCCUAUUACUUGUGGAAGAAAAGCAAAUUGGAUUGUUGUGUCUGGGUUGUAAGUUUCCUCUCCUCCUUUUUCCUCGGACUGCCUUAUGGUGUAGCAGUGGGAGUAUCCUUCUCCAUCCUAGUGGUUGUCUUCCAGACCCAGUUCCGUAAUGGCUCUGCCCUGGCCCAAGUCAUGGACACAGAUAUCUAUGUGAACCCAAAGACCUAUAAUAGGGUCCAGGAAGUAGAAGGAAUUAAGAUCCUGACUUACUGUUCUCCAAUCUACUUUGCCAACUCAGAAAUAUUCAGACAGAAGGUCAUUUCCAAGAUAGGUGUGGAUCCCCAGAAAGUGUUCCUGGCCAAGCAGAAAUACCUAAAGCGCCAAGAGAAGGGACGCAAGAUGCCCACAAAACAAAGGAAAUCCCUGUUCUUGAGAAACAAGACUGUCUCCCUGCAGGAACUCCAGCAAGACUUUGAGAGUGUUUCCCCCACUGAUACCAACAACAAUCAGACAGCCGCCAAUGGAACUGGGGUCUCCUAUAUCACCUUCAGCCUAGAGACCCCCACACCCUCCAAAGAUGAGCCACCAGCCCCCUUUACACCCUCCAGUGAACCUGAGGAUUCCCUGGCCAGUGCCCCACCCUUUAUCUCCUUCCACACCGUCAUCCUGGACAUGAGUGGGGUCAGCUUCGUUGAUCUUAUGGGCAUCAAAGCAUUGGCAAAGCUCUCCUCCACCUUUGGGAAGAUUGGAGUGAAGGUAUUCUUGGUGAAUAUUCAAGCCCAAGUAUACAAUGACAUUAAUCAUGGAGGUGUCUUUGAGGAUGGGACUCUAGAACAAAGUCACAUCUUCCCCAGCAUCCAUGAUGCUGUCCUCUUUGCCCAAGCCAACAGCAGAGCAGUGGUCACAGGACAAGACUUAAGAGCGGCACCGGUGAACACCGAACUUUCUAUGUAUGAUUCAGACGAUGAGGGAUCUAGCUACCGGGACCUGGAGCAGGAGAUAUUUGGGAGCAUGUUCCAUUCUGAGACCUUAACAGCUCUGUGAGGCUUCAGCAAGGACUCCAUGCUGUCUCCAACAUUUCCCAUUCCCCAGGACCUUCCAUAAAGAAGUGUCUAACCCUCUGAGCCUAGGAUCGUGUCAGAGACUGACCUCAAGAGGCAUGGCUGGGUGCAGGAAAGCACAUUCACCAAGCUUCCUGUCUUCACCUCCUCCAUCCUCUUCUUCUUUCCUCAGCUUGGACCCUCCAGAAGGACCUAACUAUUGCAAUACAGGGCUCUCAGGUCUGCCAGGAGCAAAGACUUGGAGAGUCAGUCUUCUCAGUCAUCCUUUGCUCCUCAGAGCUCUGACUGGUACUAAAAAGGACAUCUACCCUUCUAGGCAGCUGGAGAGGGCCCUCAGCUUCCUAGACUUUAGGGCAAACCAGGACAAAAGGAAAAAUGUAAUAUUCUGACAUAAAGCCAGAGACUGGACACCGUGAAGCUGACCCUGUACCACCACACUUGGCUACCAGUAGGUGCCAGGCUGCCCAAGGGUAUAGGAACUCGGGCCAUAGAAGUGAGGAGUUUUCCACGCUGAGCUGGACCGGUACUUUGUGGUUUGGCCCCCUCCUAGGAUCUACUGCCUUGAUGUUUUCUAUUGGCAACUUCUAUGCCAUCAUUCCCUCCUCUGGGGCCAUGUUUACUGUCUUCCUUGAAUGCAGCAGUCCAUUCUCAGUGGCUACAUUCAUUCCCUCCAUUACCCUAUAUUGGCCAAGGCCACUGCUCCUGGGGAAUGAUUGGGAGUUAACAAAGAGUUUACCUUUCACUCUAGACAUGCCCCUUCAGAACUGGCCAUCCAGAGACCGGCAUGCCCUUGUAGAGUCCCAUCCUGGAUGUUGGGCGCCAAUAAUGUGGGGUACUAAGCAGCAAAAACACAGAGAUCUGAAUCUGUCAUGAGGCUGGGGAAGGCUGGUACCAACCUAGCACAAGCUGGCAUCAGGCUGGAUUCCAGCAACAGCACCUGACAGUCCUUCAGAUCUCCUGAGCAAAGUGCUUUCUCUGCCUAAAUGAGCUGCACAGGGAGGAGCUUAUCAUUUUCACCCUUUUCUUGUUUUCCACAGUGAUCACUCUCAGCAAAACCAGAACGUACUCCCCUCUAGGAAGCAGGCCAAAUGGCUCGCCUAAUGGCCUGGAGCCAAGAGGCCACACUCAUCCCUCUUUAGGGGAAAGAAUGCCCUCGAAGAACAGAGGACACUGGUUGUGUGGCCCUGCACACAAAUCACCCCUCAGUGCCUCAGGCAAGCCCCCAAGACUACAAAUGGCAGAGUAGACACUGAACUUCAUGGCUAGAAUUAAUUUCCCAUGCCAACCUUUGCCCUUCCUCCCCCUUGCCCAUGCCCAUACAAGCACACACUAUCCUUUUUAGGAAUAGAGAUAAAGAUGGGGUGCCGGUGCAAGCCUAUAAGCCUUGCUUCUGGGGAGGCUGAGACUGGGGGAUCACUAGAACUUGGGAGUUCUGAGCAAAAGUAGACCAAGCCGAUCCAGGUCAACACUACAUCAAGCACCAAUAUGGCAAGUUCCAGGAGGCAGGGGCAACCAGGUAACCUAAGGACUGGUGAAUUAAUGCAGGUUAGAAACACAGCACACCAAAGUUUCUGAUGUGCGGACCAGAGGGGGUAUCAGUGGUUGGGUUUAUGUGUGGUCACUUUUCUUUUAGCCUGGGUAAAGCAGCUAGACCCAGAGUCUAUACAAACGCACACAAUUGAAUAAGGAUAGGGACAGAGUCACACUAGAAUGCCUGGAGUUGUUGCCUCAUUUGGGAGCACAUACUUUUCCACCCAAAAUCCCUCACUGUUCCCCAUUAACAUUCCUAAGCAGAGAACAUUGUUGACAAGAGGGCCAAUACUGUCAAAGAAAUGAAGAGACUGCCAUUCCUAUAGUCCACUUUCAGAGUUUCCAUUGAUGGCACCCAAUCAAUACCACGAAGAAGUCCCUCUGACUCAUCCUCGUGCCCCUCACUACCUGACCUCCACCACUUCCAAAUCUCUCUCCAGAGCUGCUUUGCUUCAGGGAGCCUUCCCCAAAAGGUUGGGCUGGCCCAGCCUAGAAAACUCCUAGCUGGUCUUGACCGAAGUCUUCCCCUACCACCAACCUCCAUCACACGGGUCUAUAUCACUGACUCACCAAAGUUCGAAAAAUCUACAGUUAGAAGAGAAAAUGUUAGAAAAGCCAGCACAAUGUUGAGGCAGAGAGACUUGGUAGGAAUGAAUUACACCAUUAUGCAGUCCAAGAAAUUUAUCAAAGGACACUUGUCUAAGGAUUCAUCACACCUAUCGCUCAAUGUAGCAGAUUCCCUGGACAGCGCUCACUCUUCCCAUCUCCCUGCAAAAUGAAUUUAGGUAAAUUUAGGAUAAGCCUCUUUAUUCUUAAUCCUGAGACUGCCUAAAGACCCAGAACAUUCAUCUAGGAAUGAAGGUUCUAGGCCACCACAAAGUGAACCAAAACUUGGAGAACUACAAUGUGUGAUUGACCCACCAUACUCCAAUGCUAAACUAGGAGGGAACAGACCUUCCAGAUGUUGAGAGAGGGUUUUUUAACACCCACCCUGUGGUGUUCAGCCAAGUCUCUCCAGCCACUUCACCAUCUUCAGUCAAUGAAUGAAGCCAAAGAAAAGCCUGUCUGCUCCUGGGAAGAGAACUAUGUGGAUAAUUGUGAAGAUUUCCCAAGUUGGGACAUUUGUGGCAAAAAUGUAACCAAGUGUCUGUUGACAGCCUUUCUGGGAAUGAUUCAGAAAGAGAGAAAAGGGAAAGAAAGAGAAAUAAUCCAGAAUUUCAAUGCUUUUGAAUGUUUCUAUUGAUACUGACCUGUGAGAUGCUGCCCCUCCCUUUCCCCAGGUCGGGGGUCUGUUUGUGUAAUUUAUUUAAUUUAAUCGCCAUUCUUCUUUGUUCUUUUUGGUAAUAAAUUCUUUUUUUUUUUGUAAAUGUGAA